AUGUUUCCAAGUCCGAAUUCUUCUCAGCGUGUAAACUCGAGUAACAGUUCUUUGAAGAUUCCCCAACGCUCAAGUGGCUCCCGUCGGAAAGUUGUUUUAGAACCGGGUUUUUCUCCCCUAGAUUGGGCUAGUUUAACUUCCAAGACUCCCAAGCAUCAAUUACGGGGAGUCCAGCCAAAUACGCCACCCCCACAAUAUGUCCGAGUACAGAAAUCUGAACUAAAAAAGCAUUCGAGCCAAGGGGACUGCUGGACGUCCAUAAACGGGAAAGUAUUCAAUAUUACACCCUAUAUCAAUUUUCACCCAGGUGGUGUCGAUGAAAUAAUGAAAUGUGCUGGAAAGGAUGGCACAAUGUUAUUUAACAAGUACCACAGUUGGGUAAACGCAGAUCGAUUAUUAGAAAGUUGUAUGGUCGGUAUUUUGGAUCCUUAG